ACUAGGCAGAGGUCACCCCCAAGGUGGAACCCGAGCACAUGGGCCCUAGAUGGAAGGCCUGCCCUGCAGAUGGCCCGGGAGGCUUCCUGUGGGCCCCCAACGACGUGGGCGCAGCGUGAGUUCCUACCUCCUGGCAAGUCCUGGGAGCUGCCUGGCUUCUCCCAACAAGCCUUCCGCCAGUUGGCCCUGCGGCGGCCCCCCUACACUGACCUCAAGGCCCAGCACCCCCCUCUUCCAAGAUGAGGCCAGGAAGAGGCAGGUGGUCACCAGGACACUGCAGGAGCUGCAAGAAGGCCAGCGGCUCAAGCUGCGGAGUGAGGCCAGAGCUCCCCCGCUAGACGCCAGUGGCCACAUCCUGCCUCGCAAGGGCUUCAGGAAGUACCAGCAUGUGUCCGCUGGAGGAAGGUUCGAGCCCCAUGGCCUGCAGCUCAUGCCCAACCCGCUGCCCACUGAGCUGGCACGGAGCUGGCCCUGCCCCAACCCCCUGCCCCACUACCAGGAGAAAGGGCAGAAGCUAGCCCCACUGCCUGGUGUGCCACUCAGCCCGCAGCUGCUGCUCAACUACCAGGCACUGAUCGAGAGCCAGCUGGCCCUGCCCUGCUACUACCUCUCCACCAUGCAGCAAAGCCAUCACUUGCUGAGCUUCAGGAAGCGGCUUGCUUGUCAUGUGUAGCUGGGCACCAGGCCCAGUCUCUGGGUAUCAUCUGCUGCCCCUCGUCAGGCCUCCUGAGUGGCUGCAGGCCCCCAGCUUCUUCUGACCACAGCCUCUCCUCCACCACCCCAGGCUCUGGUCACUUCUGUAUCCCGGGACCUUCAGGAGAUGAAGCUGAAAUGCUCUUU